AUGGCUAUCCGUCUCUCAACUGGCGCUCUCAAUUCAGAUUUGAUCUCUCCUGCUCGUCUCUCUUCUGGGGCAACCAUCAAUAAUCCUGAUUCUGAUUUACCUCAUUCAAUCUUCUCACGGCUUGGAGCCCCUGCGUCUUCAUGCAUUUCACGAGUACCAAUAUCCUCAACUAGACUGACUCGAUUAAAUGAAUCAGCGAAGGAUACACCCUCCACCAAAGGCCUAACUCCGAGCACCAACCGGAUCACGGCAAGCAAAUGUAAUACGCAUACCAGUGUGGUUCUUCGUCGUAUACUCGACAGGAGUCUCUCAUCGGUCGGCAUGGUAGUGCCAGCACAGGUUCCUGUCAAUGGUAUCGGCAAGCUUGACAGCAAAUCAUCUGCCAUUAAGAGACGAGUAACCACAUCCGUUUCUAUUCUGAUUUCGAAUGCUUUUUUUUGA